AUGCCACGUUUGUUUAAUGGUGGUUUUCCAAUAGAGAUUGACAGUUAUGCUGAUGCAAUACUACGUACAUUUGCUUCUCUCAAAUCACCAUCGGCGAUUAUAUUUGUUACUUCGCGAAAGAAUGGCUAUUUUGAUCCUGUUCGAUCGACGGUGAUCAACAGCUCUUUGGAUGAUAAUAGUCAAUCAAUAUCAAACGACACUUCAUCAUCAUCGAUUAAUGAAAAGCAACUUACAUUCGAUCAGCCAGGAAAAAAAUCUCAACGAUUAACUUCUCAUUUCAAUAAAAUUUAUAUUAAUAAGAAUAAUAAAAUUAAAAUGUCAACAAAAACGUUACUUCCAUCAUCAUCACAUAUUAAUGAUCGUUAUUACUUUUGUUCACCGUCAACUAUGAAUAAAAAAUCAAAACAUAAAUCAGACACAACACCACCAUCAUUAAGAAAACGUUACAAAUUUUCUUCCGUAAAUGGUGAUCAAUAUAGAAAUAAAAAUAUUUACAAAUUCCCAGCCAAUCAAAGCGAACCGCGAUCAUAUUCAACAGAUUGCAAUCGAUAUUAUUUUCCAUUAGAUAAUUCAAUUAAACCUUCAAGAAAAACACUACCACAUGCAAGAUCGCGUAGUGGUCUCGAACAACGUUCAGUUACAUUUAUGGAAGGAACAUCAACAUAUCUAUGCGAUACACCUUAUACAUUUUCUAAAACAUCAGACACACUCAAAUAUCCAAGUACAGCAUCGACACUUGUUCGUUCGGAAGUUGCAUCGCCCUAUCAAUUUAAUCGAUCUAAAAAAAUAGUAGAUGGCUUUACAGGUUCGUCAUUGCAUUCGGUAAGUUUGGGUCCGGAAUUUCGAAAGCCACGACGAUUGGAUACAGUGACAUCAACAAAUGGUUCAUUAUCAAAAAUCAAACGAUCACGUACAGAUAAAACUCCUAGUGUUCGUUUUGAAUCAAUACCACCGCCACCACCAUCAUAUUUAAACGAAGCACGAGUGCUUCUAUCUGAAAAACGACGUAAUCAAUCACCGGAAUCAUUCGAAAAAUCGGUUGAUCGUCUUGUUUUAUCAGUCAAUCAAAAAUAUCGACAACAACAACAACAACAACCAAUGAAACUUCUGUCUUCAAACUCAUCAUCAUUAAAUUAUAUUAGUCAAUAUUAUGCAAAAGAAGAUAAACCAUUUAGCGACGAUUCAUUAGAAAUUGGCGAUGAACAAAAACGAUUACAUUCCAGUUUCAAUACAAAUCGUACCCAUACACAAAUAAUAAAAAAUCUAAAUAAAAGUUUAAUCGAUCGUAAUUAUCAAAUCGAUAAAAAUCGUUUGAUAUAUUUCGAACAAAAUGUUCGACGCUAUUUACGUUCCUACGAAAAUCAAACCUUACAACGAGAAUUAAAUUAUGAUUUAAUACGAUGUUUUUCGACAUCAUAUUUAGACGAUUUGAAACGUGACGGUGCUCGACAUGCACAUACACGUAAUCAGAUGCGUUCAUACACAUAUGAAGAUAUUCAAGAUAUUCAUGUACCAUCAAUAUUAGAAGCUUACAAGAUGAAAGCAACGAUUGGUCGAGAAAAGCAACACCGCAUACAACAAUCAUCGAUGACAACCGGACAAUUAUCACCAGUAUCAUCAUCGGGCUUUAGUCCACUUAUGGUUGCAAGUUUCAAUGAAAAUAUCGAUACACAAUCAACAGGCUUCGAAACUGAUCGAAAAUCAUAUACAUCGAUUUCUCAACCGUUAACAACGGCUCGGCCGGAUGUUGAUUUAUUCUAUAAAAUCAUGCAAGAAAGUUUUGUUGGUAUUGAUGCGUCUAUCGCUGGUCAUGUGGCUCGAGCGACACAAUGCAAACGAGAAAAAUCUCAUCAAAAUUCGAAAAAAACUUCUAAUACUGAUACUGAUCUUGAUAUUCAAACAUUUUCAUCGCUGUGGUCUGAUGAUGACGAUGAACAACUUGCAGAUCAUUUCUAUAUAGAUAAAACAGCUCAAAGGAAAGGCAGUUCCCAUCAUCGAAAACUUUCACGUUAUCUAUCAACAGUCAAUCGUUCGCUACUGGACCGUCCAGGUGACUUAAUCGCUGAUUUUUAUCUCUCGCAAUUAAAUCGUAAUAUGCAAGAAAGUGUUCGGCAUGUUGAAAGUAUCGCACAAGCUAAAGCUCGUAAGCAAGGUUUUAUUUUCGAUAGAAGUAAAACAAUAGAACGAAGUUUAUCAGCUGAACACUUAUAUCAAGUCCGAAAAGAACACAUACGUUAUAAACAAUCAUUUAAAACACCAACAUCAUUCACAACCGAAGAUGUUAGUGAUAUUUAUAAGCCGUUUGUAUUAGAAAAUUACAAAAGAAAAAUCGCUAUUGAACUUGAACGACGCCGACGAGCAAGACAUGAACAGUUGACUAUAGAUAUUUGUAGUCUACCGAUGUGCAAUUCAGAAAUCGAUUUAAGUACUAAUGUAAUUAAAUCUACUCAUCCGCCCAUCAUUGAUUUCGAUCGUCCAUCGCCAUUGCGUCAUGAUUUUCUGGUUGUAUCACCGUCGAAUAUUAUUCAGACAAAAGAAAUUAUUAUGGGCCGUGCACGUCGUACCAUCAUUGAUGAUGGCAGUACGGAUGUCGUUCAACAUGUUGGUAUUAUUGCACCGCCGCAGAUAUAUUCUAUUCUUACGUCAUCAGCAUCUAAAGUGAAUAACCUAAACGAAGUUCCAAUUUUAACAACUGUUGAUCCACCGGAUUUCGCUGAUAGAAAGAAAAGACCUCGACAACAAGAUCAAAGCGAUGGCCUUAUUGAUAGCGUACUACAAACAUCACAGCAGGCUAUUUCAUCCGAUCUUCCGAUGAUAAAUGCAACGCGUCCAAAAACAAAAAUCUAUACAUAUAUUUCUCCUUCCCAUGCACACAAAAUUUGCCAAGCGAAAUAUGUUGAAUCUGAACCUGUGGAAAAAAAACUCUCCACCAUUACAAUAAAACCUAUUGUAACAUUAAAUCAGCAUGAAGUAAAGCAUUUUAAUGAAUUACUACAUCAAACUGAACGCCUUCCAAGUCCUCGAUAUAAUUAUCAAUAUGCAUUACCUGCUGUUUCGUCGCCACGAGCGCUUUCAUCAGCAGAUCAAUCUGAAGUUGAAGAAUUUACACAAUAUACUUUAGAAGAACGAAGAUAUGAACCUGGUAAUUUUACAAUUCCAUUCGACGAAGAAAUGCCAAUCUAUGAAAAUAUUUCAGCUAAAUAUCUACCAGUAGUACCUGAUAUUGGUGUUUCUCGAUCUAUUGGUCAACGAAAAGAAAAGCCAUUGAAUCCAUUAACCGAACAACAUGUUACAAUCGACGAAGUUCUAUUGAACGAACAAGUCCAGGAUAUGAAUGAACCAUUGCCGGAAUAUGAACAAGUCAACGUCAAAAAUGAAGUUUCAAAUGUGAAUACAUUUUUAGAAUCGUUAGUUGUUGAGUUGGUCUACAAUUUUGAUCCACUUGCUUCACUUCUUGAAGAUCUGAAUUAUACUGCGCAUAAACAAUACGCUAAACAAAUAAUCGAUGACGAUAACUAUUGCAAUGUUUGCGAAAAAGCCCAAGAAACUAUUCGUAUACCGAUCAUGGUUGAUAAUACCGAAUGGACUGAUGAACAUGUUCAAAUAAUUUCUAAUCAAUUCGAUUUCAAUAUAGAAAAUGCUCAGCAUAAAGAUUCGGAAAAUAUUGAAUAUGAAUGCGUAAAAGUAAAUCUACCAGAACAAUUUAUAAAUAGUCAAAUACCGAAUACAUCGAACUCAGAUAUUUGCGACCUAGAACAGGCUGUAUCGCUAGCGGAUGACUCGCUUUUAGUUCGUCAUCAAGAACGAGCCAAUAUCAAUAUUGAUGAAAGUUCUUGUCUAAAAAAUUCUAUUAAUUCAACACAUGUUUUCGAAUUAAACUAUGCAUUAUAUAAUAACAAAAAAUCGCAUAAAAAAACUGAAGACGAAUUAUUGUGGAAUCGUAUGGAAAAAAUGUCCAUAGAUUCAGAAGUAUCAUCGUUUGCUGAUAUGGAAACAUUUCUAAAUAGUUUUGAACAAAGUCUUGAUCAUGAACAACAUUUACCCAUAAUCGAUCAAAUGUCUUAUUCUUAUGUAACAACAAAAACAGAACGAUGCAAACAAAAGCAUCGUCUACUACCAAUAGAAUGGUUUAGAUCUACCACCGUUCAAUCUCAUGAUGAGCAACUUGUUGAACAAUGGACAGUCGAAAAAGAUAUUGAUACUAUUCAACAUGAGGGUACUUUGCGACGACAGCAAAUUGAAUUGAUAACUAAUACCGAGUGUGUGAAUCUUCUUGUUAAUGCUUCUACUAACAAUGCUUGUUCGAUAGACAAGAAAUUCAAUGCAGUAAAAUCGAAUAAUUCAACUCCCGCUGCUACACACGAAAAUAAUGAUGUGAGAGACAUUCUUACACAUCGCUCGUCAACAAUUGACUACGAACAAGAUUCACUAGACAAAGAUAACAAUACUGUCAACUCAACAAUGAAUAACGCUUUUAUCAUACCUUUAUCAUCCAACAAAAAUAUUUUACCGUCGUCUUCUAUCACAAACACAACACAAUCAUUGUCACCUUUGACAUUCUACUCCGCACCUACUAUACCAGUAAUAUAUUUGCUCGAUGCAUUAGCUACCGAGCAAAAACAUCAAACAAAUAAUCCAACAAGAAAUUUUCUAUUCACCAUUGGUUUCGGUCUCAAUGAAAUCAAUAACACCAUGACAGAAAUAACAAAUACGGUUUCAGCUGCCGACCAAGCUCUACUUCCUACAUGGAUAAAUCGUUCUUUAGGAUAUGUUGAUGUUUUGCCAACAAUAAUUCAUCAUGAAAACGAAUCGACUCUCUCGUCAAUAGAACAAGAAAUUCAUUUUCCUACUGAAAAUCAACUCGAUGAAGAUGAUACCGCACAUUUAAUCUAUCCUCAUCGUUUACAAUAUGGCCAUGAUUUAUAUGAAAAUACACAAGGACCAUUGAAAAUAUCUUUUGAAUCAUCGCAUAUGCAUUUACCAAUAAUAAAUGAAGUUUACAUAUACCAAAUGAGUUUUCAUUGUGCAUUUCCACUUUUUCAUCCACCGAAUGUAUUACCUCAUGUUCUUCCGUUUACAACACAAGACGAUGGAUUAAUUUCACCGAAAAAAUACCAAAUAAAACAGCAAGAAGUUUUAUCGUACGUUCGAACACGUGAUCUAUUUGAUAAUGAAGAAAAUAUCGUUCAAACGAUAUCAUGUAAACUGGAUCAACCAAGUUAUAUCGAUCAUUAUCAUAUUCAAUCAUUAUUUCCUUUUCCUGAAACAUGUUAUGCUGACAUUUUUCAACCGGAUAUAUUAAUAAAAAGUGAAAAUAAUUUAUUAUCAAGUAUUUUCUCAAGAAAACUAAAUAUUAUAAUCGAGGAUGAACAUGAUUUUUAUCAACUCGAUCAGGCAAUGUUAAUGCAAGAAAAAGCUGCUAGUAAACAAAAAGAACGUGAACAUUCACAAUUAAAACGCACAGCAUCGUUAGAAGUUCGUCCACCCGCUUCAACUAAAUCCGGUCCUACAUAUGAAGAUGUAUCAAUGAGAAAAACUGUUGAUGUUAAUAUGGGUACAGAAGGUCAAUAUAAACAAGAAGCUACGUAUCAAUAUGGAAAUGAGACAGAUCUGCCAAUAAGAAAACCAUAUGUUGAGCCAACUACUGUCAUUGUACGACCUCCUGUAAUAUCACCACUGCCACAACCACCAGUUCUUAAUGAUGAUUCGAAUCUAUCGGAAACAGUUAUUGAACAUAUUAGUGAAGAUGAAAAAUCGAUAUCAAGCGAAGAAGCAUUUUUUGAAGAAUGGAGCGAAGAAUUCCUUUGUCGUCGCCGAGAUGAAUAUGAUGAGAACACAAAACGAAUAAUUCGAACCGAUAUUAUUGAAACAGGUGAUCGUAUCAGAAGUGACGUUGUCAAAGAAGAAUAUAAGGGAAAAAAUGUACGCAUUAAAGGACAUAAAAGUUAUGAUAUUGUUAAAAAAAUUACUCGGACUCCAUCAGCAAAUAAGAUAGUACCUAUUAAUCAAGUACAAACUCAUAUCCACGAGGAGAUUACACAACCUCCUCCUUCAUUUCAAUUAGAGACGACGAUGUCGUCACUAUUACCCAAACAAGAUCAACCAUGGACAUCUGAAGAUAUUUAUACAACAGAAAUUGUCUGCGAUUCUAAUCUUGCUAGAGAGAUUGAAUCGAGAACGCAACAAUUUGAUUUAGCACCACCACCACCAUCAUCAUCAUCAAAUUACGAUCGUGUACGUUCAGGUCGAUAUUCGCCUAUGCCAUCGACGAAUCAAGCUAUUAUUUCAACAACUCCAUCAUCACAAUAUGAACGCAUUUCAAGUGUUCUAACACCAACAUCAAAUUAUGCCGAUACACGAAAACAAGAGCCAGAAGAAUUUUUCAGCGAAGAAUACGAAGUUGAAGUACAAACAACAAAAAAUCCAGAAACAUCUGAAGAAGAUACGAAUACUACAACCAAUCAAACAGAUUCGAGUCGACGAGGCUCCGAUUGGAGAACUAGACUUCGACAAAUCUAUGCCCCUCCUUCCGAUGAUGAUCGAUUCGAUCAGUAUAACUACUGCAACGACGGACGUUAUAACGCUCGACGAGCAUCAGUCAUACCAUCCUAUACUCAACCGCGUUACAACGGCAUUCCAGUUCAAGUUCCUGGCCGUGAUAGAGUACUAAUUGAAUCACGAAGAUUAGAUUCAGCACUCCCGUCAAGACACGUUUUCGAAGAGGUGCUGAUUACUGGACCACGAGAUUCACCAUCCGAAAGAAAAUAUCGGCAUUCAUCAGCGAAUGACUAUGAACAGAAAAAGAAAAAGGUCUAUUUUGCUGAUCCUGGAAGUCGAGAACAAGUGAUUUCAAGUUCAUCUAUUGACGAUGACGAUCAUCGACAAUCAUCAAGAUAUUCGUCUUCGACGCUUGUUGAUGAAAACCAAACACAACAAUAUCCAACAUUUGGUCGUGUUGGCGAAUUAAAAGCUACAUUUGAAACAACAACAAACACUGGAUAUAUUAAAGACGAUAAUAAUACAUCGAAAUAUCAAAUUCCAAUAACAACUGGUGUAACAGAACAACGACGAAGAGUUUUUGAAGAACGUCAACAAACAGUUACUGACUUGGCUCGACGACCGAUCAAUGAAUUUCAGUCAAAUGAACGUCGUAUGAGUGCAACUCAUGCAACACCAUCUCUUGUUACUGAUCGUAUAGCUAAUAGUGAUAAUCUUGAGUCGAAAGCAAUUAUACGUAUAAAAUCAGAUGAACGUCUUAGUCAAUUAGAAGAUGAUAGUCAAGCACAAACAACAAUCGAUAUACAAAUCAAACAAAAAAAAGGAAUUGAUUCCGAUGUAAAUCGUCCUACACAACCUAUUAUCUAUCAAACAACAUCAAAAUCUACGAAGCAAAAAGAUAUUGACGAUGCUGGUGAUGAGAGUGAAGAUGAAUUAAGUGACCCCAAGCAAAACUAUGAUGUACGACGGCGUAUUUCAAAAGGACGUUUACGAGAUUUUUCACAAAGUACAACACAACCCAUUGAUACGAAUUUAACUGCACCGCGAACAACAACUAAAUUUACGGAAAGAAAUAUGGAAAAUAUACUUUCCCAUGUGCCAACAAGUAAAGGUAAAGGUAUUUUAGUUGAGCUUUCAUCCGAUCUAUGUCCAAGUCCGACAAGAUCUAUUCAUGAUCAAAAUAAGUCAAGUAUCGCAAAUGAUUCAGGUGUUUAUGAAUAUUCAACAACGGCCAGUCAACAAAUACCAACGAGCUCGCCUACUUGGCGUCAUAGCGUAUCAGCGUCGAUCACCGAUGAUGGAACUCGUACAUAUGAUCGUGGUGUUUAUGUUGAUUCUACAGCAACGUCAACAAGUUCGCCCUUUAUUCGACGGCAAACAUUCGAUGCCGAUCAAGCAACACUUCAAAAUGUUGAUGAUUCAUCUCUAUCACGAUCAACAUAUAAAUACAAUACCGAGGUUUCUCCAACUGAGCCAGUCAAUGCUUAUCAUCAACAACGAACCGUUCGACGGCAAUUAAGAAGCUCAACACCGGAUAAAUAUGAAAGUCUAUCGAAUUAUCGUAGUGGAAUAGAUAUUCAAAGUAAAGUUCCAAUCACCACACAAUCACGAUCAAGAAAACCGUUGAUUGUCGAUGAAAUAGAAACAAUCGAAACUGAAACUCAUGUCGAAUGCCAAAUAAAACGAACCAAUGAAAUCAAAGAAUCAAUUAAAACCGAACGAACAACAAGUCCAAGUAGUCCGCCGAAAAAACUUUCUACAACAUUAACACGUUCAACAUACAGUUCAUCCGAUGAAACAACACCAAACAAACGUGGCUCAUUAAACGAACGGCCAAAAUAUGAUGAGAAAAUUAUUACUAAAGCUUCAUCCAAACAUGAAGCCGUGCCAAUUCAAAUACAAGAAACAUCUUUCAAACCUAUCGAACGUUAUCGAUCACAAGAAAGUCUACAUCAAAGUCCAUCACAAAAUUCAAUUAAUCAAACGCGUAGCAUAGAAGUCACAUCAUUAAGUCCACAAGAUCAAGUUACAUUUGGUAAAAAUUCACCGAAUGAAAUAAUUGCUAUUGUUCGUGUACCUGAACUUAAGAAUAUGCGCCAUGGAAUAAGUGAACCUGAACUCAAUAAAAACAUUAAACAAGAUACAGGACGUUCACGAUUACAGUCUCAACGUGUCUAUGCAACAAGUUAUACUCCACCAUCGAUUAACGAAAAUUAUCGACAACAACCGAAUCAAUCACGAAUUGGUCCAGUGGGAACUAAACAUGACUAUUCUUCUCCAUUAAAUUUUUCAACACGUUCCGCAUCAUAUCAUUCAUCUUUUCACGAACAAAACCAACCACAGCAACAACAACAACAGCAGCAGCAAUAUUAUUCUCCAACAUCGAAAUCAACAUCUAAUCCUCAAAUACAAUAUCAUUCUGGUAGUCUUGGCAAUCUAUUGGGUUCGAAUUUAGAUUUUGAAAUUGAAAUUGAAAAACGUCCACCUCAACAACCAGAACAGCCGACUGUUGUUUCACUUGAUCAAAGUUCACGUGCAAUUGUAACAACAUCAAAAGAUGGUCGCGUUUCAAUACAGAAUUUCGCUGCACGACCAGGAAAUACGGUGACAAUCAACAGUGAUUUUCAUGCAUCGGAUCGUUCAUUAAAUCGCUCGUCGGGUUAUUUUAGUUCGGAUGAAAUUCGUUGUCAAGGUUUGAAUGCGAAUUAUUCAAGUGAUGAUCAAUCGAAUUCGUAUCCACAACAGUCAUAUAAUUUCGAUCAAAUUAAUCAAAUCGUUCAUAAUUAUUCUCAAUCACCGAAUAAUAAUCCUCGAGGUUUCGAUGAAACGAUCGAUCAAAUUGAUGCACUUUAUAAUAAUCUUGAUGUUCAAACAAAUAAUCAAACAUAUCAAUUUUCUAAGCCAAUAUCAACAAGAAAUCGCCGAAAAGAAUUGUCGAAAAAUUCAAAUGAAUAUUCAACACGUUAUACAUCCACAGGCUUUCAACAUAUACCAUAUGAACAACAACCCAUAUCGGAUAUCAAUAAUAAUAAUAAUAAUAAUAAUUCAUCAUCGAGUAUUUCAGUUGAUUAUGCAACACCAAAUUCAGGUUAUGGUUCAACACAAAAUGUAAUUGUCUAUCAAAAUCGUUUAAAUGAUCAAUCUCAAAUAGUUCAACGUAAUCGAACAUCCAUCAAACAAAUGAAACAAAAAAAUGCAGCUAGAAAACGCAAUGUAUUAACUCAAGGACAUUACAGUGAUGAAGAAGAUAAUAAUUAUGAUUCGCCAAUAUCCGAUCAUGGUAAUUUAGAACAACGUUCACGAGUGUACAAUUUUAAUAAUUAUCAUCAGUAG